AUGACCGGAGUGAUAUCCCCAGAAGUACAUGUAUUACUUGGACCCGAGGUUGACCGACUCAAACGAGGUCAGCUAACCGACCCCAAGGAAAUGGCAUUGGCUAUUGCUCAUCUUCUUAUGAGAGUCAUCCUGACCCGAUGGAUUAAUCCUAAGGAUUUAAUCGCCGUGAUACGUGCCGUUGGAGUCGAGCUUGAAAAGGCACAGCCCAAGAAUGUUAUACCCGGAAAUAUUGUUCGUCGAGUUUUAGCAUUAAUCCGAGAUGAGAUUGAACCAGAUACGGCUGAUACGAUGAUGAGUCUGAUGUUUAACUUAUUGAGUACUGAAUCCAUCAAACAAGAAACCAAUGAAAAGGUUAUUGGGCUGAAAAGGUUAGCCAGUGAUUUAAGACUGAUAAUCAUCCAAGGUAUAAGGGAUUUAGUGGAUGAAAUCACCAAUGUUCAUGAAGGUAUGGAGAUUAUGGCUGCUGAUUUAAUUCAUGAUAAUGAAGUCUUAUUAACUCCCACAGCUACUGAUACAGUGCUUCAAUUUUUAAUCAAAGCAAGAACUAAAAGAAAGUUUUCAGUCUUGGUAACUGAGAAUUAUCCUAAUAAUAUUCAUAAUGUUCAUAAGUUUGUUAAAGAAUUAGCUGGUAAUAACAUAGAAACUACAUUGAUACCCGACCAUUCGGUUUAUGCGGUCAUGUCCAGAGUUGGGAAAGUAAUUAUGAAUGCUAAUGCUGUCUUUGCUAAUGGUGGAUGCAUAUCUGAUUCUGGAGUUGCCAAUGUUGCUGAAUGUGCCAAAGAGUUUAGAACCCCAGUGUUGGCAAUCUCCGGGUUAUACAAAUUAUCUCCAAGAUAUCCAUUCAAUAGUAACAGCAUGAUCCAAGUAGGGAACUCAGGGAAAGUCUUGGAUUAUUCCAAUUCAAAAUUAUUGGAUAAUGUUCAAGUUGUGACAAACCCAUUGACCGACUACAUCCCUCCAGAGAACAUUGACAUUUUAAUGACAAACAUUGGUGGAUUUGCACCAUCAUUUAUCUACAGAAUUGUGUUGGAUAACUAUAAGACCGAGGAUAACCAUUUGGAAUAG